AUGGGAAAUAAUGAGGAAUGGGAGAAGGAAAAAAUUUACGAUCGUCAGUUGAGGUUAUGGGGUGUGAAGGCACAAAACCGUAUGUUGAAAUCCAGUGUGUUAAUCAUUGGAUUAAGUGGUAUAAAUAUUGAAAUAUGUAAAAAUCUUAUUUUGAAUGGCAUAAAUUUAACCAUAAUUGAUGACAACAUUGUUGAUGAGGAAAUGAUAGAAAAUAUUUUUUUUCUGAACGAACUUGAUAUAAAUAAUUAUGUUUGUUUAUCUAUUUUUAAAGAAUUAAAAAGUAUAAAUCAGUUAAUAGAUAUUAAGGCUUAUAUUGGACGAAUGGAUAUUUCAAAUGAUAAGAUUAUUCUUGAGAAAGAAUUAAUAUAUAAAAAAGAAGAGGAUAUAAAAUAUGAAGAAAAAGAACAAUGUGUGGCAAUAGAAGAGUAUAUAGCUAACUACACUUCGGUAUGUAUUUCCUGUGAAGAGUACCCUUUAUAUAAAUUAAUAAAUAUAAAUGAGUUAUGCCAUCAAAAAAAUAUUGGUUUCUUUGCACCUAUGUGCAAUGGGAAAUUUGCUUUUUUAUUUUCAGACUUUGGAAAUCAUGUAAUUGAGGAAUCGUAUUAUAAAAUGAAAACAAACAGUAAUGUAGUUAACAGUAGCAAUAAGAAGAGUGAUGAAAGUUAUUACGAAAAAAGUAAGGAUGAUGAAAAAAACAAACAAACCUGUAUUGAAAUAAAUUACUGUAAAUUGUCUCAUUUUUUAAAAGUACCUUUUGAAAAUUUUGAUAAGAAAACAAAUAAAAUAAUUUUCCUUAUUUUUGCCUUAAUAUUGUUUGAGGAACAUAAAAAAUUCAAUAAAGACAAUAAAGAAAUUGAUGAACAGGAAUUUUAUAACUUCUGUAAUAAUUAUAAAUUACCAAAUAAUAAGCAAAAUUUAAGAGAAAUUUCCAAAACGUACAAGGUUACCUUUUCUCCGUCCUGCUCAAUCAUGGGUGGUGUAACUGCACAGGAAAUUCGAAAAUUUGUAUCAAAGCAACAUGAGUCUAUUCCGAAUUUCUGCGUUUUUGACAUGAACCAGAAUGUCGUUUGUACGUCCAUGAUUUCGUGA